CUUUCCCGGAUUCCUCAAACGAUCCCCGGCUACAGCCUGCAGGGGAGGCGGGACCAGCCGGAUGUCGGACAGGCACCAUAUAAGGAGAUGCACUGCUGCACAUCGGACAGCAGGGGGCGGUACCAAGCUGAUGACGAUGAUCGGACUUCCGUCUGACGUCCUCACCUCCUCCAGGGGGAAUCAUGAGGUACCCUAUGCGUUGUCUCUCCCACAGGCCUUGAAUGCAGCAGUGUAGGAGGGGGCGUGGCCAACCUGACUACCAGGUAGUGGUUCAGGUGACAUCACUCACAGCAGGUAAUGAGCCUCCACCCUGCAGCAGCAGCAGGAAGUUCAGCAGAGUUUCAGCAGCAGAGACACACGGUCGACCCUCCGCUCACCUGAACAGUCCAACCAUGGGGCGGCGCUCUCCUCUUCUUCCUCUCCUCCUCCUCCUCCUCUUCUCCUUCCUCACCUCCUCAGUGGGAGGAGCCAAAAAGUCAGGAUUCAGGAUCUGUGCCUUCAACGUGCAGAAGUUCGACACGGUGAAAUCUUCAAACUAUAGACUGAUGCACACACUGCUACGGAUCGUGUCUCGCUGUGACAUCACGCUCCUGCAGGAUGUGGUGGAUCCGCAUGGUAAAGCCAUCAAAAAGCUGGUGGAUUCUCUCAACAGGGAAACUGACAGGUAUAACAGGUACCACUACAAGUCCCUGUCCAGCAAGAGUCUGGGAAACUCUCCCAGCAACAUGCAGCAGUACGUGUUCAUCUACAGGGCCGAGACGGUGAAUGUGACGGGUCAGCAUCAGUACCAGAAGGAAAAUUCCUUCGUCAGAGAGCCGUUCGUCGUUGCGUUCCAAAGCGACAGAACCGCUAUCAAGAAGUUUAUUCUGGUUCCUCUGCACACUGAACCCAGUCAGGCUGCCGAGGAGAUCGACCGGCUCUACGACGUCUUCGAGGAAGUCAGCAACAAAUGGAACAACACGAAUGUGAUGUUCCUGGGAGAUUUCCACGCUAGCUGUGCCUACGUUACCCGAGCCAGCAAGAAGGAGAUCCGACUGUUCAGCAAUUCAAAGUUCUCCACGCUGAUCGGAGACAAAGUGGACACCACCGUCUCUGAUGACACCCACUGUGCUUAUGACAGGAUCAUAGUCCACGGGCCAGCCUUGCUGAAGACGAUCACUCCGUUCUCCGCAACAGUCUUCAACUAUCGCAAAGAGUUCAAACUCUCCAAGAGAAGUGCGCUGGAGUUGAGUGACCACCUGCCUGUGGAGGUGAGACUAAAAAGCUCCGCCCCUCUCCUUCAGGCCACACCUCUCCUGAUCCUCCUCAGUGUCUCUGCCAUCGUCCAGUCCUUCCUGUCCGCUCUGUGAUCGUCUGCUCGAGUCUUCAGGUUUAAACUCUCUAAAAGCCAAAGAAUCUGUUGUUCUGCACAAAGUAGUCUGAUUACUGGGAGGCAUCAGGCUCAAAGUAACAUGCAUGGUAGUUGGAUUGGAAUGUAACUAAAUACUUUUACUCAAUUACUGAAUUAUUUUGAACAGUUUUUGAGGUUCAUGUACUUUACUUGCAUAUUUCCAAUAACUUCUUACUUCACUCCUCAUUAUUUGACAGCUUUAGAUUCUGGUUUCUCUCCAGAUUCACAUUAUUAAAACAGGUUAUAAAUAAUUUAUAAGUGAUGAGAUAAUUUUACAGACCAAGUUACCAGGCAGAUUAUGAUGUAGUUAAAAUUAUCCCCACCUUUAGCAGCUGCAGCACCAGUGACGAUUACAUAUUAAUGUUGGGGCCAUGACAAGUAGUUUUUGGUACUUUUAAUUGUUUUUUUGAUGCAAAUGCUAUUUUAGCACUUAGCUUUGCUUGAGUGAGUAGAACUUUACAAAGUAAAUGUACUUGGUAGUAUUUCUUCUUUUUACUUCAGUCCACUGCAGUAUCUGACCAGAGUGAAGCUGACGGACGAAAGAAACAGAAAGGUCAAUGCUUAAUUAUCUCAUCAUUAAAUCGAUAUAAAUUUUGCUUUUACAAGGAAGGAAAGAAGCCAAUAUACUUUCAACCCAUUUAAAUCCUGAUCACCAUGAAAAUAUAUUGGAGGAUCUGCAGGAGAUUCACUGAUCGUCUGAUUGGUUUGAAGUUGGUUUGAUUCAUGAUCUGACUUCAGAGUUGAGGUUUGAAGUCUGAAUUUAUCAGCAGAGGCUGUUUAAAAAACCUCCGCUGGCUCCUAAUUUCUCAGGGAAACGCUGAAUGAAAAAUCAAGAGAACCUAAAAAUGAAUCUUCAUUUAUCACCAUGAUUCUGCAGGUCAGUCAUUAAAGGGUUCAUCCACAGGUUUUCCACAUUAAAGUGUGUGUGGUGACUACUGUUGCCUCUGUGGAAAAAGUGUUAUGAAGCGUUUUAUAACUUGCCUCCAGUGAUGACACUCCUGGUCCACUCCACUGGAUGUUGCAUUGUGGGUAAUGCAGUUGCCAGGUUUUGAAAAGCAGUCCACUAGCGUAUCAUUGCUCUCCUGUAACUCGUAAUACUUGUUAUGGACAGUUUAAAAACAGAUUAAGCCGAAAAAAAAUCACCUUUAUAAUUCCACAUUCUUCUUGCUGUUAAAAACCUGUAACCUACAUUACCCACAAUGCAACUUAGCCACUGAGUGACAUCACUGGAGGCAGGUUGCAUGCAGCUUCCUGUGGAGCCACAAAAGGUUUUACACAACUGUCACUUUACACACUUUAAAGUGGAAAACUGGUGGAGUUGCCCUUUAAGUGUCCAUCAGGAGUUUUGUUUUGUGCUUCUCUCGUCCAAAAAUCAACCAACGCUACGAGAACAUGUGACACUUUGUGAUGUCAUCAACACUAUUAUCACAUCAUUUUUGCUGGUGGAGAGUUUUUUGUGCCUGGAUCAGAAACAGUGAAACGACCUUGUGGUGCCGUUCAGACGAUGCCAAAGACUUUGACUGUUGAUGUUAACAGAAGUCAUUAACGGGAGGAUGAUGAUUAAUUAGUGUUUAUUUAUUGUUUAGCAGCGACGGCAGAGUAGUUAUUCUGCUCCACACAGCUGAUUUGAUUAAAGAAGCUGCCUGAUGAAGCCGUUCAGCACCACAAGGGUACAAAUGUGUGAUGUUCACCAUCUGGGGAAUUGAACCACUCACGUGGUGGUGUUGGUGCCUUGCUCUCCCGGUCGAACCUCACGGGCCAACAGACAGCAACAGGUCCUGUAUCAGAGGACUGUAGAGUUUUUGAUGCCUUCUAACUGAAUGUACAUACUGUAGAUUUGAGUUUAAAGCCAUUAUAGAGUCAGUGAACACUCCAUGUUUUCAUCAUCUUCCUUUCUGCUGUCAGCUCAGAUUUGACUUUGUACAGAAACUGAUUGUGUAAAUAUUUGAAAAAUGUCAGGAAAAACAUUUAAUGUGUGUGUUUUUAUGUUUCCAACAUUCAGUAAAGUUUUUUUUUAUGUUUUAUUAAAAUGCUUCAGAUGAUGUCA